ACUGGAGCGUGACCUCACUCCGGACAGGCCACAGUUUGAACUUGGAGUCAAACGUCGAACUUCAUCAUCGGCUUUACAUUAUUAAACCAUCGUUUAUUUCGUGAUUAACUUGUCAAUAAUGGUUUCAUCAAGGUGGAUUCCUCUCGAAAGCAACCCAGAGGUCCUUAACUCGUGGGCCAAUGCUGCUGGCCUAGUAUCUUCACAAGCACAGUUCGAAGAUGUCUAUGGGCUUGAUUCCGAGUUACUUGAAAUGGUCUCCGGACCUGUGAAAGCCGUUGUUCUACUCUUUCCUAGCUAUACUGCCUUCCAAAACAAGAGAAAGGAAGAAGAUGCUCGUAUUGCGUCGGAGGGGCAACAUCCGAUUGACCCUACGGUGAUGUGGAUCAAGCAAACUAUUUCGAAUGCUUGUGGCACGAUCGGUCUACUACAUGCGCUGUGUAACUCUGAUGUUACAUUCGCCCCUGAAAGUCCACUCGCAAAGUUCAUCGAGGAAUGCCAAGAUAAAUCUCCUUUGGAGCGGGCAAAGAUUCUGGAGACGACACCCCUUUUUGCACAAAUUCACGAAGAAGCAGCUUCCUCGGGCCAAACCGCAGUCCCUGAUAACCUUGACACAGAUCUUCAUUUCACAUGUUUUAUUCAAGCACCAGAUGCUAUUGCCAGGGAAACAGAAACGCCGACGAAGUCGAUGCGGUUGAUUGAGUUGGAUGGAAUGCGAGAUGGCCCUGUUGACAGGGGCGAAUGCAAGGAUCUGUUGAAGGAUGUGGCAGAGAUAGUAAAGGAGGUAUUUGUUGCCCAGUCUUCCAGCAUGUAUUUCAGUAUGAUGGCGCUGGGUCCGCCACCAGGGAGUGAGCCAACCUUAUGAAAGUGGCGAUGCACACAAAUUUUUCCAGUGUACGACAGCCGUGUAGCAACAUUGUAUCAGUAAUGUGUAGCAAUGAAUCUUCGUGUCCUGUGUAACAUAACGUCGUGUCAGGCUGAGUCACUGGUAUCAUAAUGAUCAUGAUGCAGUGUACAUGUCGGACCGCCUUUACGUAAAUGAGAUCAACUGAUUUGUCACUCAAA